AUGCCGGAAGGUAAUUCAGAUAUUCCCCUGAAGCAAAAGUCACGACGAGGACAGACUAAGCGGGCAGUCAAAUCAAAAAACACUGGAGACAAGAGGAAACUGUGUUCGAAAGCGAUCAAAACAAUCCCCGUGGUACAAGGGCCAGUUAUGAGAUUGUCUGAUGGAAAUUUGCAGGCAGCUAUUGAGAAAGCAAGACCAGAAAGUACCGCUGAAAUCGAUAUUAAGACUGCAAGAUUGAUCAAAAAUCUGGCUGAGCAGGAAGAGGUUACCGGGGCCGCCGUUGAGAAUUUGGGUGCAAAGGAUCAAAGUAGCAAGCAAGAAGUCGAAUGUGUCCCUAGAGUUCAGAAGGAAACUGCUACUGAGAUUGUGGGCACACUUACAGAGGCUGGAACCCAGAUCGAACUUGAUUCUUUUGAUUUGGUGAUGAAUAUGGUCAAGCAAAUGGUGGAAAGAAGUGAAGUGAACAAGAAAGAAGAUAUCAAGACUUAUGCGCCAUUUUCAGAGAUUGAUCCCAGUGAAAGCUUGAGUGGAUCCGCCGAGAAGAGCAGAGAGAAGGAACGUUGUGAUGCUAACGCCGCUGACCACUCCGUCGCCCACACUCCUAACAUUUUUGCUGGAAUAGAUGUCAAGACACUGGAGUCGACUGACCGUUUUCUUAACGUAUUUGCCGAUAGUAUUGAUUCAUUAAUUUCUUCACUUGAGAAAACAAGUCUCCGGCAGUCACAAGACAUGAAUAAACCCAAAAAUAUCAACCCAGAUCACUCACGCUGGUUUCGAUAUCGCCACAACUCGAUUAAUCAGCACGUUGAGUUAUGUCAGCUUGUUCCACAAGUUGUGCAAAGCUAUCCUAUACAAAGAGAGAAAACAACAAUAGCUCGACUCAAUAUAAAUGGUCUUCAUCGAUGUACCGCAGCUAGUGGCUGGGACCAACCCUUCCAAAAAAACGAUAUUAUAUCGAACUUGACCUGGACAUCACAAGUGGAAGAACUUUGCAAGAUCAUCAACCAUAAACUCCCCCAUCAAAAAGAUCUGGACUAUGGAUUUCCCGGCAGGUAUCAUGCAUGUCACGCGGAAAAACAAUUGAUUGCUUGGUAUCUUUACGAAAACACAUUGGCAGGACAUCAAGUCAACACGAAACUACCAAAUACUCUUCCCUACCGAGAGCUCAAAGCUUCAGCUCCACGAGGGGCUCUUAUAGUUGUUAGUCGAAAGAUCUGCAAAGAUUGUAAGGAGUUUAUCGAGAAGGUCAGAAAGCACUUUGAAAUUUCCGAUCACUUUCACGUGGAAUCUCGUACACAUCUUGAGGACAUACUUGAUACGGAAAAGACUAAGAAGUUUCUUGAAAGUUGUAAUAACUGGAAAUUCUAUUGA